AACCAAAACAUAUCAAAAUUAGGUUUCCUUAAGCAUGAACGUUUUUUGCGAAUGUCAGACUGCGACUGCGUGGAAUUCAAGUGCUGUUAAACAAACAUAUUCAUACUCGUCAGCUUGCGGAAAACAAGCCUGUUGGAAGCACAUGAACACGGCAAACAUUAUGUCUAAGUACAGAAAGACUAAGCAAGUACCCAUGAGCUCCUUUGAAAUCUAUAUAUCUGAAGGAGAUCGUUUGUUCCGGAAAGGUGAUUUUGGCAAAGCCAUAAAAAUCUAUUCCACAGCACUAGAGCUGAAACCAGGUGACAAGAAUUGCUUGGUUGCUCGUUCUAAGUGUUAUUUAAAGCUUGGACAAGCUGAAGCCUCAUUAAGAGAUGCUGAGGAAUCUUUGCACACAGACAAGAAUUCUAUCAAGGUACUUGUUCACUAA